AUGAACGUUCAACCAGUCAUGCUUCCUCAGGGAUGGGAGGCCCGAUGGGACGCUGCCGCGGGCGCUACCAUUUACGUUGACCAGGCCACUGGCCACAGUCAGUGGGAGGUGCCCACGAGGCCUUCCUUCCCUUCCAACAACCCCUCGGUCUCCCCUCCUGCUCCCACUGGCCCCGCAGCCGCCGCCGUCGCCCACCACGGCAAGAGGAGACAAUACCCGACCGCUCAGAUGGCCGAGGUGUACGGCGGCCCGGCCCAGCAGCAGGCUCAGCAGCCGGCGUACGGAGCUCCUGGGUUCCAGCAGCCCCAGCAGGCUGGUUACCCAGGCCAGGAGCAGCCUGCCCAGCCCCAGCUCUUCACUCCAGGCAUGGAGCAGCAGCAGCCCGCAUUCCAGCAGCCAGCGUACCCCCAGCAGGGUGGUGUUGACCAGGUGACUGGGCAGUUCCAGAACCUCAACGUCGGCGCGCAGGGUUACGGCGGUGGUGCCCAGCAGCAGCCCGGCUACGGACAGCAGGCGUACGCGGAGCCCAAGCAGCUCCACCCCGUCAACACUGUCAACCUGAUCGGCAUGCAGCCCGAUGUUCGUGGUCUUGACGCGGCACCACCCCAGGCGCUCCUUCCUUCGAACGCCUCUGUCACCAACUCGGCCUUCAUCUACCCCGACCCUUCGUACCAGCGCUGCACCUUGGCGUCGAUGCCCACCACCCAGUCGCUGCUUAACAAGUCCAAGCUCCCGCUUGCGCUUGUGAUGGCCCCCUACCGCUCGUACCGCGAGUCUGACGGCGACGAGCCCGUCCCUGUCGUCUCCGAUUCGGUCAUUGCUCGUUGCCGUCGCUGCCGCGUCUACAUCAACCCCUUUGUGACGUUCACUGAGGGAGGCAACAGGUGGAAGUGCUGCAUGUGUGGUCUCAGUAACGAGGUGCCCCAGCUCUUCGACUGGGACUCGCGGGAGAACAAGCCUGCCGACCGCUGGGCCCGCAAGGAGCUCAACCACUCGGUCGUCGAGUUCAUCGCCCCCACCGAGUACAUGGUUCGCCCUCCCCAGCCUCCCGUGUACUGCUUUGUGAUCGACGUCAGCCAGGCGGCCAUCCAGAACGGCAUGGUGGCCACUGCCGCCCGUGCCAUCCUCGAGUCACUCGACAACAUUCCCAACGAGGACAAGCGCACCAAGGUCGCCUUCAUUGCCGUCUCGACCAGCCUCCACUUCUUCUCGCUCCCCGCCGGUGCCAAUGCCGAGUCGUCGAUGCUGGUCGUUUCGGACCUUGCGGAUGUCUUCCUCCCCAAGCCUGUCGACCUCCUUGUCAACCUCACCGAGUCGCGCCCUGCUAUCGAAAACCUCCUUGGCAAGCUUUCCGACAUGUUCCAGAACACCCACACUGUGGGCAACGCUCUCGGCUCGGCUCUCCAGGCCGCUCACGAGCUCAUUGGCAAGAUUGGUGGCAAGAUUAUUGCCCUCUCUGCCUCGCUCCCGACCAUUGGCACUGGUGCCCUCAAGGCCCGCGACGACCCCAAGCUUCUUGGCACGUCCAAGGAGAGCUCGCUGCUCCAGGCUGCGUCGAGCUUCUACAAGACGUUCGCCAUCGAGUGCUCAAAGUCACAGGUCUCGGUCGACAUGUUCCUCUUCUCGUCGCAGUACACCGACGUUGCGACUCUCUCGUGUCUGCCGCGCUACACCUCGGGUCAGACCUACCUGUACCCUGGCUUCAACGCGUCGCGCAGCGAGGAGGCGAUCAAGUUUGCCACCGAGUUUGGCAAGGUUCUCGCUACGCCCGUCGGUUUGGAGGCUGUCAUCCGUGUCCGUGCGUCGCGCGGAAUCCGUAUGUCUGCGUUCCACGGCAACUUCUUCAUCCGCUCUACCGACCUGCUCGCCUUGCCCGUUCUCCCCCUGGAUCAGAACUACGUCAUCGAGCUCCAGCUCGAAGAGGACCUCAAGCAGCCCUUCGUUGUCCUCCAGACUGCCGUCCUCCACACCACUUGCUACGGUGAGCGUCGUAUCCGUGUCAUCACCCAGGCUCUGCCUACCACGGACUCGAUCGCGCAGUUGUACGCUUCGGCCGACCAGGUCGCUAUCACGUCGUUCCUCACCAACAAGGCCGUCGAAAAGUGCAUGUCUGGCUCGUCCCUCGACGAUGCGCGCAACCUCGUCACCAACCGUCUCAGCGACAUGCUCCAGGUCUACAAGAACCAGGUCGCUGGCUCGGCCGGUGCCUCUGCGCAGCUGGCCAUCCCCGCCAACCUCUCGCUUCUUCCCCUCCUUGCCUGCGGUCUUGUCAAGCACGUCGGUCUCCGCGAGGGCGCUACUAUCCCUCCCGACCUUCGCGCAUACGCCCAGGACCUCCUCACGACUCUCCCCUGCCAGUCUCUCGUCCCUUACAUCCAUGCCCGUUUCUACUCGCUCCACAACAUGCCGGCCGAGGCGGGCACGAUUGGCGAGCACGGCGUCAUCCUCCCCCCCGCCCUCAACCUCACCUCGGAGCGUCUGGAGCGCCAUGGUCUGUUCCUCAUCGAGGACGGCCAGAACAUCUUCCUCUGGGUCGGCCAGGAGGCCGUCCCGCGCCUGGUCCAGGACGUCUUCGACCUACCCUCGUACGCCGAGCUUACCGGUGGCAAGUUCACCAUGCCCGUCCUGGACAACCCCUUCAACCAGCGCGUCAACGCCAUCAUUGCCAAGACUCGCGAGCUGAGGCGCGGCGUGUACAGGCCGUACCUGUACGUCGUCAAGAGCGAUGCCGAGCCCGCACUCCGUUCAUGGGCCCUUAGCCUGCUCAUCGAGGACCGUAUGGACCACAUGAGCAGCUACGCGCAGUACCUGACGCGCGUGAAGAACAAGAUCAACGGCGGUUCGUAG